AUGGAGUUUUUUCCAAGAUAUGUGCAAAAGCCAGCAGCAAUGUACACUUUCCUCUGCAAUCAGGAUAUUCCUCGAGCCGCCUAUGCUCGACACACCCUUCUGCAUUCAGAGGCAAUUGUGCAGGCUGACUAUUGGCUGGAGCAACGCUGUCCUCUCGCCUACCUCGGAUGUCCGUUCUCUGUCGUACGUCUGCGACCUAAUAGCACCUCCCCGCCCGCCCGCUUGGCCUACAUGCCCACACUAAACGCCUUCACUGUCUGCUACACACCUUCUGCCUCAAUGAACGCACAGCCCACCUCCCCCCUUGUAGUUAAUUAUACAAAGUCGCCUACAAAUCCACCAGCCUCACUUCUUGCGGCUGUCAGAAAUACCACGACGAAUGGAUGCGUUGCCACUUCUUGGCUCGAUCUCCUCCCUCUUGAAGUCAUCAAAAAAAUUGUCGACAUGCUUGAUGAGGUGAGCCUAAUGAACCUCUUUCGAGUUUCUCCGUUUCUUGGUGAAGUAUGUCGACGCACACUACUCACAAGGGGAAUAGUAAGCCCCAUGUGGCAACGGUACAAGGGAGCUCUUGGAGUGAGUAGAUGGCGUAUUCAUGGCUUUGUUUGGAGUCUUCCUCGCUGUGGGGAGCCCGUGCACCAUUGGCAUAUUACUGACUUCCCCGCCCCUCUCGGGACACAACUCACUCUUCACCUGAAGAACGACUGUGCCUUCUAUGAGGCUCUCCGUGCCCAUCAACCCUUCUGUCUAUACAAUCCCGCCGAGGAAAAGCCACCCUUUCUUUCGGAAGACGAACGACAGCCAGAGUACAUUUAA